AUGGUCAAUUUCAAAAUACAUUGGAAGGGCUGUCCUCAUCGAACGUUCCCACGAAUAGAUAAUACCUCGAAUCGUCCUCAACCCAAUUUCACUCGUUGUACUUCACACGCCAAUAAAGGUACCUGUGAAAUACACAAUUGUCGGGCGCUAGAGCAGGCUCGAAGAAAAGAAAGGAUUGAGGCUCGUAAUCGAAGAUCGAGAAGUUUAAAGACUUCUAUUGUUACUCGCUCCCAGCGACGUGCUUCGAAGCAAGUUAGACGAGAAGUUUUUGGAUGGGAAUCAUCAAGUGCGAAAAUUACUAGGCAGGACCAGGAGAGUGAUACUGUACUUCCACUUGUCGAAAGUGCCGUUGAAUCAAGUCCAACUUAUCACCCUGAUAAAACUACCGACGAAACUCUUAUCCAUUCUGUAGACGGUGCUGGUUGUUCAACUUUCAAUAAAAUCAAAGCUUCCAUUACGAACAAGAAUAUCAUAUCUCAAACUGGAACUCGAAACAACUCUACACAAUUGACUGGUCUUGAUCAGAUUCGACGCUAUCAAGCCAAUCCUGGAAAUUCUGCACCACAAGAGAGUUGCACUAACAAUACCAGGAGCUUGUAUAGGAAGUAUAAUCCAUCCACACGUACUAGUUUUGUCUCUCCAGCUAGAAGUAAAGCUUUCUUGGCUGCAUCUACACUCGCGAGUCUUUACGAAGAACAAGGUUCUAAUCAUCAGAACGUUAUUCAGUCGUCAGGAGUAUCUAUAUCAGGCGAUCCUUCCAAGAAAGAUAUAUCGAGAAAUAAUACAGCAUUAAUUGGAGCAUCUAGGCUUGCAACCCUUGCUCAAGGGAAAUCUUUCUCUUCCUCUGUUCAUUCUAUUGUGCAGAGUAUUGCAUCCCAUCCUUCUUCUCGUAGUCCCAGUCAAAGGCGAGCGUUGAAACGCUUCACCCGCGAUCUUGAAUUGUAUCUUCAAAUCGCUAAGCAGGUCCCUAAACAAACGCCCAUUUCAUCUGGCCCAUCAACUAGCUUUUCCACGCAAACUAUACAGACUAUCCAAGAAUUCAAACCGUAUCACGCCGAAUUUCAAGCUGCUGGGUUGGCGGUGACAUCAUCGGAACAACGAAACAAGUCAGUUCAAGGCGUUCAAUCAUACGGGCGCAGAAAUACUUCCCCGAAAGUCCAGUCCCUGCUCUCUGAUCACAGAAGCCCUGUGAUAGCAGACUUUAAAACCGAACGGAGAAGCCCUCUUCUUGCUAUCGAAGAGCCACUACAAGACAGUCUACCAGCAAACGAAAUGGGAAUAAAGGGUUCAAACGUAUUGACCAAAAAAUCGAUACCUGAUCGUGCGAAAGCACAAAAAGAGUUGUCGACAAUGAGUGUUGCGUCAGAGGAAACCGUCAUUGAGUGGACACCGGCAUAUGAGCGGGUGGAUACAGCCAACCAAAUAGAGUCUCAACCAUGUUGCGAUUUAGCACCCCCUAGACCAGCGUCACCUGCAAAGUCAAAUCGCCCGGACUCUGCUAUCUCACCUCAACAUGGGACCCCUCCCGCCAAGAGGUCUCUACCUUGGCUUCGUAAGCCCUCAGUCACAGCUGAGCCUGCUUCUGAAUCCGACACUGCUAUAAGAGAUAGCAGAUUGAGCAAGUUGGCUGGAGACGCUGCUGCAUCGCCCCCAUACUCGGAGUUUACGAGUCAGCCUGACUCACAAUCUUCUUCUAUAGUAUUGCAUCUCGAUACUCCUCCAGAGCACAAACAUUGUGUUCCAGAUCAGAUUCCGAGGGCCUCUACUAGUACCAUGUCCUCUGCAUCUCCCAUGCCACCAACUACGACCCCCUAUGCGCAGUCAUUUGUCGGCCCUGGCGAAGGUGAUAAUAUUGGGGUCGCAGAUUUUGCCAACCCAGAACAACUUGCCAACCAAAGUCGUUCUAUGCUUACCAAUGGGGAAAUUAUAGCACAAAAGGAUCCACCUCCGCUGAAAACCCAUGCCACUCAAACAAGUGCUGCUCCAUCAUUCAUUACCCGAGCUCCACAUUUCACUACUCAAAUUCCUGUUACUGUUCAAAGCCAGCAACGUCGAGGUCUUAUUCUCAAAUCGUCUCUGAUCAACCAAACACAAAGACGACAGUUACCCCAAGUAACAAAAACUGCUGGCACUGAUCUUGCAUCUUUACAUCAAAUUUCGCGCGCUGCUUCUACUUUGGCAUUCCCUCAUGCUCCUUCAUCCCCAGUUCACUGUACCCAGUGUAAUGUAGUAUUGAAUACCAACUCUGACUCAAAACUACGUUCAAAUACGGGAUCUGCUCCGGGGCCAUCCCUUGGGGUUGAUGCAAAUUCAAAGAGGAAGAAUAUGCGAAUAUGUGAGAGUCCCGAGACAAUACAUUGUGAAGGGUGUAGUCUACCUGUGGCCAAUUCAGAUAAGAAUAUUAAAACGACUGCAAGUCAAUAUCCCAGGCAGCACGUAGAACGAGAUUUCCCUUUACAUGAAUAUGACGAUACGAGAACCAUGGGUAUUGGUUCUAAGGGGAAGCAAAGAGAACCAGAUGUAUCGGCGGAUGAAGGAUACUUUGUUCGCCAAUCGAAUGUUCGUAAAAGUGGAGGAAAACUGACAUCUGUCUCGGAACAAACACCAACGCCACUCCCUGACCCGACUACAAGAAAGUCGACAGCAGAUCAAGUAUCGCCAUCACAAGCAAGCGCUACCUCUAUACCAAUGCCCAUUCAAGCUGGUCAGUCAAGUCAAUCAACAAGGCCUAGCUACGUACAAGGCCAAGUACUUUCUUAUGCAAGGUUACCUGACAUUCCUGUAUUGUUAGAAAUCAGUCCCAAGCUAUCAGUGUCUGAAUCUGUAGGGGAUUUACAGAAUCAACUCUCCUCGUUAGAAAAACAUACCAAGCAGGAAAAAGAUACAAAGAAAUUGUUCAAGGGAUUGAGGGUUGCUACUGCAGCAGCUUGUGAAGAGGGAGUCGAUAAGUUCAUUGAAGAAAUUACAGGUUACAAGGUUCGAAAAUUGCUUACGGAUAUCAGUGCCUUGGAUGGACUUGGUGUGAAUACAUUGGCGCAUGUUGCGAGACAGACGGCUCAGAAAAGAAGAGGAGAUCUUAGGAGGUUGCAGAUGACUCAGAUCACCAAAGAAGAGGCUAGAGAAAGAAAUUUUGAAAGAGGGCUUGGAUUUGGUGACGGUGACGGUGAUAGUGAAUCGUGGAAAAAUAGCUCAGAGGAGGUGGCUAGAAUGAGGAGAAAGGGGCAGGGAAGAGGAAAGUUACCAAGAAGUCAAUCUGGAGAGUUCAGGCGUAAGCAAAAUAGUAGUUUGGAAAGGGAAAGACCUUCUAGGGAUAGAGCAUUAGGAUUGGUGGCGGGAGAUCAAGGAGUUAGGCUAAGGGAAGAGGCGGAAGCUGCUUUUGAUGAAGUUAGUGCGAGAGAAGAUUAG